GGAGGGUCGCGGGGGUGAGGGGGGGACACAAAGGAGCCCCCAAAGAAAGCCCUUUUCUAACUGACAUGUUCACUCUCCUCUUUAGAGACGGUUCCCCGGGAGCCUCUGCGGCGCGGCGCACUCCAAGCAGCAGGCCAGGGUCCCCGAAGGCGGCGAGGACCAAGAGCCCAGCGCGGGGCCGCCGGAGCCACAGAGUUGCGCCCCUGGGAAGGCGCGCGCCCGGCCUGGGAUCCCGCCUCUGCGCGGCCGCCCAGUCCGCCGCGAUGGCGCGCCUUAGGGGGACCUCGGAGCCUCCCCCGAGAGCGGAAAUAAGCGCUGAGCAGUCCGUGCGCCCCGAGCCGCUGCCGGCGAUGUGACUCGCCCCGCGCGCAGGGCGCGCAGACCCCGAGCCGGGGCGACUCGGGGCUCGCUCGGUCCGGCUCCGCGCGGCACCAUGAACGACGACUUCUGCCGGGCGCUGGCGGCCCGCCGGCCCGCGGCGGCCCCCGGGUGCCUGCCGCUGGGCAUCGGGCCCCCUCCGCGGCCGGCGCCCCCGGCCGGCGCCGAGCCCCUGGGCGCCGUGCCCUUCCUGCUCUACCCGGGCGCCGCCGGGCCGCCCUACUGCGACGCCUACGCGGCCGCUUUCCCGGGAGCGCCCUUCCCCGGCGCCCUGGGCGCCUGCGACUACCCUUUCGAGCCCGCCUUCAUCCAGAAGCGCAAUGAACGCGAGCGCCAGCGCGUCCGCUGCGUCAACGAGGGCUACGCGCGCCUCCGCGGCCACCUGCCCGGCGCCCUGGCUGAGAAGCGGCUCAGCAAGGUGGAGACCCUGCGCGCCGCCAUCCGCUACAUCAAGCACCUGCAGGAGCUGCUGAGCGCCGCCCCCGACGGCGUCGCGCCCCGCGAGCCCCGGGCGGCGCCCUCCCUGGCGCCCGACUCGGCCGAGCCCUCCUGCGGCUCCUCCUCGCCCUUCUUCGAGUCGGAGGAGUGCAGCCACUGAGCAGGCUGGGGCUGCCCAGGCUCGGGGGGGGGGGGGGGGGGCUCCGGGUCCCCGGGGUCCCCGCCGUCCAACGCUCCGGGGUCCGCCACAUCCUCCCUACGCCAGCGCCACCCCGGCCCCGGCCCUUACAGCCGGCGGACACGGGGCAAGAGAGAGGCCACCCCGGGGUCGGGCUCCGGCUUGGCCUCAGCCCCG